AUGUGGAGGCAGAAUCCUUUCCUCAGAACUGAUAAUGCUGUCGCUAUUCGAUUGGCACAGAUUCCUGAGAACCAUCGACGCACUAAGCCUGCCCAAAGAAAACAUUUCUUCAUUAGAGAGCUGGUCGGUGAUGUUGAAUUGGUAGUCAAGAGAGUUCCUGCGGAAGAUCAAUGGGCAUACAGGUUAACCAAGCUCUUAGCUGCUACACGCAUCCAACUUCUUUGUGACAAAAUAAGACUAAAAUAA